AGCAGAGGAAAGACGUGAAACGGGACAAAAAGGAGAGCAAAGGCAACAGAAACCAGAGGUGAAGUGAAGGAAAAAGGAAGGAGAGAAAUAAAAAGUAGAAGCGGCGGCGAGGCACUGAGAGCGUGACAGAGUCCUGCGGUGGCACGGGAUCCACAGACCUGAUCAUCUUCACAGACAAACCACUGCGACUCCCGCCGGGACGCUCACGUUGCAGAAACUGCCUGAACGAACGAGAAAGAUGCACGGCGUCCUGCUGCUCGGCUGCUUCGUGUUGGCAGCGACCGACUACUUCCUCAGCUCCGCCCACAUGAUCCCCGAGGAGAGACUCACCACCAACGAGGCCAUCGCAUCCAACGCCUUGUCCCAGAGUCUGGAAAACAGCCCCCCUGCCGUUCUGAUUGUUGAGCUGCCAAAAUCCACCAGGAAGAAGAAAUCAAAGAAGCACAAAAAGAACAAAUUCGGUGUGAAGAAGCGCCCCCCUCCUCCCGCUAACUGCGUCUCCCUGUGGGGAAGCUGUAAAUCUCAAGGCAACGUGUGCUGCGAUCACUGCGCCUUCUGCCAGUGCCGGCUCUUCAGAACUGUCUGUUACUGCCGGAUGGGCAACCCUCGCUGCUGAGCCUCCGGCCAGCUGGACGCCACGCCGAGGCCGCCUGCCCGCCGCGGACACCGCCAAAGGUCAACCGCUCCUUGGCCUUGGUUUGUAAUUCUGACCAAAAUUCACUGCAUGAAAGCACUUUAUUACAGAGGACUGCGCAGCAGUGAAGGUUGCUAAAACGUUACAGGGUGUAUUGCUUUAAUCAGCGCUCUGCCUUGAAGGAGGCUGUUUCAAUCCUACUACUAGCACUCUCAUGUAAGAUUUAGCUGCUUGAGCAAUUUUAUACACAAUCUUAUGACAUAAAUACCUGACUGUGUAACAGUAUAAUUUAACUACAUUUAAUCAUCAUGUAUUGAUCUGGGAUUUUAAACGAGGAAGCAGCAUUUAACUUUUCUGUCAUUCAAAUUCACCAGAGACUGAAAGAGAAGAUAUUCACCUUUAGCUCUUUUGUGAGUUUCUGAACUCUUCUUGGUGACUUUGAGUCGAGGCUCAGAGGCUUGGAAACCCUCAGACGUAUCCACGGUGAGUCUGGUGAUAAAAGCAGAAUCACAAGGAUUCAUCAACAAGCUGCUCUGUUCAUUUAUGGUAGAUUAAUGCGACUGGUGAGUAAACAUGAAUGAAUGUCGGCAGGUGAGAGGAACUGAGUCCAUCGAGAAAGCGAACAUCAUCUGACUGUAUUCCUGUUAUUUAGGAACCAGAAGGAUGCAUACCAUGUCUAUCUUGUUUUUUAAACAGUUAUUAUCACGUGUAAUCAGAUGUUCAGCCUUUCAAUAGUCUGUUUUCUUUCCUGCUUCGAGUUUCUGUCACUGUCUGACCGCUGAUGGAGAAAAAAUGUCUUUUCUUCACUGAUGAAAAUGUGAUUCUAAGUGGUGACUAUUGCUUUUUAUUGGCUGAUUACGGCAGUGCAAAGUUGGAUUUGAUGAUGACGAUGAUGAUGAUGGGGUUUAAUUGGAUCAAACUGUCUGGACUGUAGGAGUACAAAGCAAUAAAGAGUCUACACGAACAACUUUAUGAAGUAAGUCAAUUACACAGCUGCCUGAUUGCUUCCAGUUUGGUCUCAUUCUUUUCUGUAAACAUUGUCUUUGUAACUCUGCUCUGUUGUUUGUGUCUGCUUUCUCUGCUGCCUGACAGUGUAUUUGAAUAUCUGCUUUCCUUUCAGAUUCUAGUUACCGAGCCAUAAAAAACUGUAUAAGUGCAAAUUAAAAAAUGCUGCUUUUGAAAUACUGAUUCUCACCAUGUAUAAA